AUGGCGGAGCCUGAAAUUCUAUCCUUUCUUGAGAAGAAACCAGAACUUUUUCCACGUAAGAGGAGCACAAUGGAGAUAACAAUGGGAUCAUUCUAUGUCCCUAAGGGCGAAGACUCACUGCCACUUGGCCAAGACGCCCACUUUCUUUGUCCAGAGAAGAAGACUUUCGGGGUGGCUGACGGUGUUGGUGGCUGGAUGAAACGAGGGAUCGACGCAGGCAUAUUUGCACGCGAGCUUAUGAAAAACUCUGUUAUCGCUUUAUACGCUUUACCAGAGGAAACCGUGGAUCCAAAGAAAGUGUUAAAAGCUGCUUAUUCAAUCACUAAGGCUAAAGGUUCAUCCACUGCCUGCAUUGUGACAAUAAAAGAUGACUGUUUACACGCUGCGAACGUGGGAGACAGCGGGUUUAUGCAGUUUAGAGACAAGAAAUUUAUAUACCAGUCGCCAGUGCAACAGCGUCGUUUUAAUUGUCCGUAUCAACUGGGUAGGGGAAAAAGCGGUGACCGUCCUGAUGUUGCUGAAAAGCUGAAAAUGCCGAUUGAGAGUGGAGAUAUUAUAGUUUGUGGCAGUGAUGGGUUGCUUGAUAAUGUGUUUCCGUCAGAGAUUGAAGAAAUUCUAGAGGGAAUAGAAGAAGAAACAUGUCCAGAAAAUUUAGCAGAGAUUAUAGCGGAACUUGCACUGUUUAAGUCUUCCGAUAAAUCCUCCGAUUGCCCGUUUGCAAGAGCUGCCAAGAAAGCGAAGGUCGACCACGUUGGAGGCAAAAUCGAUGAUAUAUCUGUCAUCGUUGCGAUAAUCAAACCGGCACUUUGA